AUGAGCCGUGGUGGACGCGGCGGCGGACGCGGUGGCCGCGGAGGCGGUAACGCAGCGCGUGAUUCGUUCAAUGCCGCUUUCGCCGGUAUGAACAAGGAGGACGCGCGCACGCUGUAUGAGAGCUUUAGCAAGCCCGUCAAGGGCAGUGGAAUGCUGUAUCCCCCCUUGGAUAAGGCCGCCGAGCUCCCGGGUCCUACGCCCUUGGAAGAGAACGUCAUCAAGCACAGCGUCGAGCUCAUGCGCGGUCUCAUGGACGGACCCCUCGUCAACGGACAGCGCGGCGGCGCACCCUGGCGACUGGCCAGCGAGCGCAAGGUGGUUGGCAUUGAAAUCGAGUCGUACUCGGACCGCUACCGCCGCAAGGCAGCCACCACCACCACCCCAGGCGCGAACGGCACCACGACGAUUGACGCUCCGGCGCUCCACCUCCGCGAGUCCCUCUUCCCUCCACAGCUCUGGAGCGAGUACUUUGACACUACGGGCGCGAGCUCGUCGGGCGACGCGGCGGCGCGCGCACGCGAAAAGGCCCGCAAGAGGCGACGUAUCCUCGAAGACGGCGGCGAUGACGCUGCCGCUGGGGAAGAGGAGGAGGAUGAGGAGGAGGAAGAGGAGGACUUUGACUUUGACGAUGAGGGAGAUGAGGACCACCAGGACUAUGACCAUAAUUACUUUGACAACGGCGAAGGAGACGACGAUUCGGCUGGCGAGGGCGGAGAAGAGGACGGCGGAGGUGGUUACGACGACUAG